GGUGAGGAUGGACUUGAUGACGGCGGUGUAGAAGUGCGCCAUCAUUGUCUUUGGUAGGCUGAACUUCUUCAGCUGCCGCAGGAAGUACAUCCUCUGCUGGGCCUUUUUGGUGAUGAAGGUGAUGUUCAGGUUCUGGUUCUAUACCUCCAGAUGAUGAAAACAAAAAACAUUUAACUGUGACCAAACAUCAUGGUUAAUUAAAGUACAAACCAAGGUGACCUUUAUCAGCUUCUUCAUUUGGAUAUUUAAAUAUGCACGUGUUAAAAUGCAGCACAGCACUGGGUGCUUAUCAGACAGGUGAGCAGACAUUUCCCUGCUGAUAUGAGCGAUUUCAAGUUUGGAUGAUUUGCUGCCAGCAACUUAAAUACUGGAUUUUAUACAUUGAAACCAGAAAUGGAUUGUGCAGUGCUUUUAAUUUCUGUCCUCUUUGGAUUUGGCCUCAGUUCCUGCUCUCACGCCAUCCUUCCUGAGUACCACUAUGUCAGCUUGAAAAUGAACUGGACCGACGCUCAGCAUUACUGCAGAGUGAAACACACCGACCUGGCGACCAUUGAAAGCAUAGAUGAUGUGAGCAGGCUAAACAGACCCAGUUCAGAUACCUCAUUGUUGUGGAUCGGACUGAGGGAUGACACAAACUCCUGGAGAUGGUCAGCGACUGGUGAUACGAGCAAAACUGGUUACUACAACUGGCAACCAGGUCUGCAAAGCAAAAAUCUCAGAGAUUUUGCCUGUGUGGUGAUAAACGGUGAAGGAACAUGGAAAGAUUCACCCUGUGACUUGACAUUAUAUUUCAUUUGUUACAAUGCUACAAAUCCUCCAGGCCAGAAAAAAUUUUUUCUAUAUCAAAUCGGGCUAGCAUGGAAGGAUGCCCAAGCUUACUGCAGAACACAUCACACAGAUCUAGCCAUGAUUGAGAAUGCUCAGGAAAACACACAAGUGUUUUCAGUAGGGUUAGGGUUUGCUGGAGUGUGGAUUGGCUUGUACCGGACACCAUGGAGGUGGUCCGACAUCAGCAGCAGCCCUUUCACAAACUGGGGAAUUGGACAGCCGAAUAACAUUGGUGGUGAUCUGUACUGCGCGGCUGAAACGUCAGGCCACUAUUGGAAUGUUUCGAGAUGUGACAGCGAGCUUUCAUUCUUCUGCUAUGGAGCCCUAAAAGUGAAGACAACUGUGGUGAGGAUAAAGAUUCAAACUGAUGCUGACCUAUCAGAUCCAGCUAUUAACGCCCAGAUCCUUCAACAGCUAGGUGCAGGGCUGACGGACAAGUCUUCGCUGACUGACUUCAACCUGCGGUGGAAGAUUCAACCCAAAAAACAGACAGAGAGAAAGACAAAGACUGAUGAAGACAACGGAAAAGAUGUCCUUUGUAAUUGAUGUUUUCAACAAACUGCAAGUGCAGUGUGCAUGUAACCACAAUGAAUGUAGCCAGAUUACUUUAUUAACCAUAUCUUGUAGAUCACAUAAUCUAUCAUGAAAUUCACUUCACUGAGUGCAAUGUUUAACUACCCUCUGCGGUUGAAUGUUUUGAGCCUGUUCCAGGUCAGCAAAGACUUGAUUUUCAAGGGUUGUCAAGUUACUCUUUAAAUUAGGAUAACUACAACAAUCCUAAAAAGGAAUUAUGAUUUAAUCUUUUAUCUAGUGAGUGAUUAUAUAAACUAUUAAUUUCUGGUGUGCUUGUGUUCUAAAUCUAGUUUUUUGUCUACAACUGGUAGUCUAUCAGGAAUUCCCAAAGUGUGGUGCGUGCAUCUCUUGGGGUACUUGAGCUGCCUAUGAAAUAAAAACAGGACAUUUAAAAAUUUGUAAAAUGUUAACUUAAAAUUAAAAACACUUUUAAUUAAUAAAUAAAUGGACACAAAAUUACAAUAGACCAAACGUCCUUCUCCUCCCCUGACAUGUCCU